GCUGACUCCAGCUGGCUGCAGGGAGGCGGCAGGGCUCCCUGGCUGGGUGGGGCGGCACUAACGGCUCUCGCCUACCGGCAGGAGGCCUACGAGUCAGCUGUGGAGUACUUCGGGGAGAACCCCAAGACCAGCCCCCCCACCAUGUUCUUCCCUGUGUUCAUGCGCUUCAUCAAAGCCUACAAGAAAGCGGAGCAGGACAUCGAGACGUGGAAGAAGGAGGAAGCAGCUGCCAAAGAAGCAGAGUCCAAUUCCCCCGCCAAGCAGGAGCCAAAGUCCCCCAUCCACAAGGCCAAGCGCCCGCCCAUGGACAUGAUCGCCGAGCUGAAGAAGAGGCAGCUGGUGAAGGAGCCUCUCAUCUACGAGGGCGGCGAUGGGGCCAUUGAGGACAUUAUUUCAGUGCUCAAGACGGCUCCGUUCACAGCCCGGACAGGCAAGCGCUCGUCCCGGCUCUUGUGCGAGGCCAGCGUGAAUGAGGAGAGCCCCCUGUAGCUCUCGGCUCUAGGUAACCUGCCUGGGGCGCUGG